AUGUCAGAACAGGAUGUGGAGACAGAAUCCUUGCCUUCUUCACCGAGAUCAUGGACACCGACUGAAGAAGAAUGUGUAAGAUUGGGAGGAGAACAUGGAUGGUUUGCCAGAGGCGAUAAAAGACCCACAGAGAAGAGAUUACCCUUCAAUCGACCUAAACUUAUACAGGUAUCUUUGUGCAAUAUCCGUUAUUCUUUGUUUUUAGGUGUAUCAUGCUCUCCCUUUUGUCGCUCGGUAUUCUCAAUAUUGGUUAAGAAACUACCAUAGUAGAGAUCGUUUGUUCAUCAACACGUUUGAACCCCUGAGGCAUAAAUUUACUUAUGGGGUGCCUUGUGGAGGAAUUGGAUGUGGAAGCAUUGGAAGGGAUUUCAGAGGUGGGUUCUGCAAAUACGGACUCAAGCCUGGGUUAAUUGAACAUCAUGUGCAUGCUGUUAAGGUGAGUUAGUAAAAUUUUUUUUUACUCUACUUGCUUAGGCCAACCAAUUUAUAUUAACCCUCAGGAAAGGGAAUGGUGAAACAAAACAAGUUGUGUUGGGGAUAAAUGAACAGCAAACAAGCAGACUCAGUAAUUGGAAAUUCGAUAUCCCUGAGGAAAAUAUUUAUUACAGGUAGAUUCUUUAAUGAUGUUAUAAAUAUGAAAAUUUAGAGGCUUAUAUCCUCGUUCAUGGACCAUGUAUAAGAUCCCGGAAUAUAAUGUGACCGUUGUCAUCAAGCAAACCUCCCCAAUCAUUCCGCAUAAUUACAAAGACUCAUCUAUGCCGGUUACCUUGUUCCAAUUUGAAUUGUUCAAUGAAAGUGAAGAAGAUCUCCAAGCAGCAAUUACAUUUACAUUCAGAAAUGGAACUGGAUGCAAGAAAACGCAGGCAGAAGGGAUAUGCAAAAGUCUCUCCAUUACAUCUCCAUCAGGUUAGCGCUUACUUUUUGUUUUAUUCUUUAAGUUUAGGCAGAGGAAUCUUGUUGGAGCAUACCAUAGACAAAAUGGACACCACUUAUUGUGUCAUGUCGGCGGAUAUAGAUUCAACUUCUGUCGCAUCAUUCGACCCGACAAGUUUAGAUUGUCAAAUGUGGAAAUCUUUGGAAGAAAAUCUAGACUUGAAUAAACUCGAUGCCGAGACCGAGUCCAAUCAGUUGGCUGUUGCCUGCUCUACACUAAGGUCUUUGAAAGCCAAAGGGUCCUCUGGCAUCGACUUUUCUUUGGUAUGGCAUAUGCCGAAGGUCCAUUUCACGUCAAGGAAACGGACUUAUCGGAGAUUUUAUACAAAUUAUUUUGAUGCCUCGAAGCCAGAUGUUGCCUAUGACAUUGGAUGUUAUGCCUUGAGUAAUAAAGAACGAUGGCACAGGGAGAUUGAGGAAUGGCAGAGCAGUGUGUUGGACGAACAGCAAGUCUUUUAUUUCAUAUUGUUACUGUUUUAGAAACAUCCCGGCAUGGUUUAAAAGCGCAUUGUUUAAUGAACUCUACUAUUUGACUGAUGGUGGGACUGUCUGGUUUGCCUUUGAUGAGAGCUGGAAGGUCGAUGAGCCCCAUCUUAGUGAGUACACACUCAGGCAUUUCAAGGAUUACGGUAGAUUUGCCUAUCUAGAAUGUAAGACUUUUGUUUUUAUUUUUUGAUCUCAGUUUAGCAUGGGAAUAUCGUAUGAUGAACACCUACGAUGUGCAUUUCUACGCUUCUUUUGCAUUGGCCGAACUCUUUCCAUGGGUUGAGUGCACGAUGCAAAUGGAAAUGAGUAUGUUUACUAUUAAAAUAUUGCUAUGAUUCUAGGAGAUCAAAUGGAAUACAGUAUCCCUAAACAAGUCAGAUUCCACAUGGAAGGGGACAGAGCCCCCUUGAAGACUCUGAAACGUGUCCCCCAUGAUCUCGGAAACCCGGCCGAUGAACCCUUUCUCAGAGUGAAUGCUUAUAUUAUGCAUGACACCGGAAAAUGGAAGGAUCUCAACCUCAAAUUCGUUCUGACUUCUUAUCGUGAUUACUUGUUGCUGAUGAAGAAAGACGCAGAAUAUCUCAGAUUCAUCUAUCCGGCGGUUCAAGAGGUCAUUGAGGAGGGUUUAACAAAGUGGGAUCGGAAUGGGGAUUCGAUGAUUGAAAACUUUGGAGCUGCUGAUCAAACAUACGAUGCUUGGAAGAUGGUAGGCGUCAGUGCUUACUGUGGAUCACUCUGGUUGGGAUCUCUGGCCGUGGCAUUGAAAAUGGCAACCGAUAUUAGUGAUGAAUCGGGGAUCAAAAGAUACGAAGAAGCAUUAACGUCUGCUAAGAGGGUAUAAUAAUAAAAUAUGAUGAUAAUUAUUAUUAUUAUGUUUUGUAGGUUUUUGAAUCGUACUUGUGGAAUGGAAGUUAUUACAACUUUGACCAGGCUUCUAACAGUAAUUCGACGAUCAUGGCCGAUCAGCUAUGUGGGUUUUGGUAUCUGCAGUCAGUUGAUCCGGAACUGGCGAAGGGGGUGUGUACUCUUAUAUUUUCCGAAAUGUUUACAGUUGUUGCCUCAACCUCACGUCGACUCGGUUUUGGAAACAGUCUUCAAUUACAAUGUAGUAAAGUUUGCGGAUUGUACCCUCGGGGCGGUAAAUGGAAUGCUUCCGACUGGUAAAAUUGAUAGAAGUUACAUUCAAGCGGAUGAGGUCUGGAUUGGGAUCACUUAUUCUCUCGCUUCAUUCUUUAUCCAACAGGUAAGUGAUGAGUUUUAGAUUCAAGAAUAAUUUAAAUUAUGUUUAGAAUCAACUCAUGAAAGGAUUUGAAACGGCUUCCGGCUGUUACGACGCUUGCUUUAACCGUUUUGGUCUCCAAUAUCAGACUCCAGAAGCCCUCUACAGAAAAAGGUUUUAUCGGGCUAUCGGUUACAUGAGACCCUUGGCCAUCUGGUCCAUGUACACGGCAUUGAAGAACCAGCAGUUCUUCCAAAACAAUAAUUAG